ACGCAUGCGCCCAUCGCCAACCGGAAGUCAAUCCACACCCACUUCCGGUCUAACUCUCGGAUUUCGGCCGAAAAACAGACAAAAAUCAGUUUGAAUUGAAUUGAAGACCGAAAACGAGGUCAACGAAGAACUCGAGACACAAAACAGAUCAACAAUUCCUCUGAAUCUCAAAACGGAAAUUCAGUUUGAAUUUUGCGCCAAAACUUGAAUUAUUGUUUAUUUUUGCAAAAAUGGAAAGAAAUCGCGAGAAAAGGCAUUUGUUUUCAUCGAAAAGCGUUGAAAGUCUUCGAAAUGUUUUGAAACGAAAUUCCAAAUCAAAAGACAUGAAAACAACUCUUAAGACAUCUUCAGAGUCGAGAAGUACUUCCCAAUCGUCCCGAAGUGCGACUCUGGCCACUCGCGCUCGAACCCGACUUCGGGAAUCGCGAUUUCGCGCUCAAAACGAAAGUCUUUCGUCGACUUUGAAGACAAACAAGACUUCAAUUAAAUCUUUAGAAGACUUUCAAUCAUAUCAUUUGGCGUUUAAACAAGUGUCCAAUCGGUGGCCAAUUCGGCCGAUUGAUCACAUUAUUGGCCGAUUGCAAUCACUUCCGGCCAUCAAAUCAAUUGCAGACAUGGGUUGUGGUCCCGAACCACUUCUGGCCAAAGCUUUUCCCAAAAGAAACGUUUAUUCAAUGGAUUUGUUUUCUUCUAAUCCGAAGAUUAUUGUUUCGAAUAUGAAUUCGAUUCCAUUAGAAGACGAAUCCAUUGAUUCGAUUGUCUUUUGUUUAUCUCUUUUGUCGCCCGACUUAAGACGUCCUUUAAGUGAAGCAAAUCGUGUUCUCAAGACUUGCGGUCUUUUAAUGAUAACAGAAAUCACUUCAAGAUUUCAAUCAAAAGAAAAAUCUUUUAUUAAAACACUUCGAGAAUUGGGAUUCAAAUCAACGAAAUUCCAGUUUAUUUCCGAACAGAAAAUGUUUGUCUUUUUUGAAUUCAGAAAAAUUGAAUCUAAAAAGUGGUCAGAAAUCAAAAAAUUACCGAAAAUUGCUUUAAAGUCUUGUAAAUACAAAAAACGAUAA